UAAAUAUAUAAAAAGCUCCGUAGCAGUUCCUUUUCCUCCUUUACUUUUCAUUCUUCCUAGUGGAAAUAUCUUAUGAUGGGUUCAAACAUCAAACAUCAAACAUCGACACUCUCAUUGAUCUUUCUUCUUAUGAUGCCUGGUUUUGCCCUUUCUGAUGUCAAUCAAGACAAAGCAGAAUGUUCUAAUCAGCUAGUCGGGCUUGCUCCAUGUCUCCCAUACGUCGGCGGAGAGGCAAAAACACCCACCAUAGAUUGUUGCAGUGGGCUCAAACAGGUGCUGGAUAAGAGCAAGAAAUGCCUGUGUGUGUUGAUUAAGGAUAAAGACGACCCGAGCCUCGGCCUCAAGAUCAACGGUACUCUUGCGGAAACUCUUCCUAGUACUUGUCGAGCCAGUGCUAGCAUGACAGAAUGUAUAUCCCUCCUGCACUUGACACCCAACUCCCAGGAAGCAAAGUUAUUUGAAGGAUAUCAAAAGCUGACAGAGGGGCAUGGCAGCACUCCAGCUGCCACCGAUUUUGCUCGUUAAUGAUCGGAUUCGGGAUCAUUGAAGGGAAGUCAUCCACACUAUCAAACCCCCCUUUUGGUACUCUUUUAGUUGAACUUUGGAUAUGGCAUGUAUAGGACUACCCUCGGUUGUUUUCAAGUACCUUGUGAUGUAUAUGUGUACGGCCAUGCGAAAAUGGCUCGUAAAAGUGGAGUAUGGCAUUAGACCAUUUGAAGUCGUGCUUAUUGUAAAUAUAUAUAUGGUUUCAUGA